AUGUUUUCCAAGGGUUCUAGCAUUGAUGGUCAGGUUCCAAGAGGGAACACAGUGUCAGAAAAAGCUGCCAUCAGCAGGCGUCCUUCCAGCUUUCCAUGGAAAUUCUGGGAGCUGCUCCUAGUAUGGAGCCCCACCUUUCUUCCGUCUCCUCAAUGGGCGCAGGACCUUGACGGCCAGUGGGUCCUGGGCCUCCAAGGCCCAGGUUUUUUGCCAACAGCAACAGGCUACUGGCUGGGCCCAGGCAAGGGAGCCUUGGCAGGGAAAGUUCCUUGCUCUACCUCCACUACACUCAGGCCAGUGAGGGGGGUUCCAGACAGGACUCCUUCCUCCCUGGUGAAGUGCCGCUGCAGGCCCCCAGUGUCCACGCCAUGGAUAUUUUCUCCACAGAAGUACAAUGCUGAUGAUGAUCUGUCAGCUCGGCAAGGGGCAGACACCCUGGCCUUCAUGUCUCUCCUGGAGGAGAAGUUGCUCCCGGUGCUGGUACAUACUUUCUGGAUAGACACCAAGAACUAUGUGGAAGUGACCUGGAAGUGGUAUGCAGAGGCUAUGCCCUUUCCCCUCAACUUCUUCCAUGGCCGCAUGCAGCGGCAGUACAUGGAACGGCUAGAGCUGCUGAGUGGGGAGCACAUGCCUGAGGAUGAGGAAGAGCUGGAGAAGGAGCUGUACCGAGAGGCUCGGGAGUGUCUGACCCUGCUCUCUCAGUGCCUGGGCUCUCAGAAGUCUUCUUUGGGCUCCAGCCCUGCCUCCUUGGACGCCUUUGUCUUUAGCUACUUGGCCCUGCUGCUGCAGGCAAAGCUGCCCAGUGGGAAGCUGCAGGCCCACCUGCGGGGGCUGCACAACCUCUGUGCCUAUUGUACCCACAUCCUCAGUCUCUACUUCCCCUGGGAUGGAGCUGAGGUACCACCGCCACGCCAGACACCAGCAGGCCCAGAGACUGAGGAGGAGCCAUACCGGCGCCAGAACCAGAUCUUAUCUGUGCUGGCAGGACUGGCAGCCAUGGUGGGCUACGCCUUGCUCAGCGGCAUUGUCUCCAUCCAGCGGGCAACACCUGCUCGGACCCCAGGCACCCGGGCCCUGGGCAUGGCUGAGGAGGAUGAAGAGGAAUGAUUUGUCCUCACACUCCCAGGACUGGUUUUUCUACUCUCAUGCAUUCCAGAGGUCCCCGUGCCUCCUCUUUGCUGGUACAGCCAGAUACGGGGUGCUGCCCCCCAGAAUAAAGCCACUCACACUGA